UCAGACACCAUGGAGAUGCUGUGUUUCCGCUUGCCCGGCCACGGCGACAUGACUCUCAAACACAUGAAUUCUUUGAGAUCUCGCCAGCACUUUUGUGACGUCACCAUUUUGACCAGCAACAACCAAACGUUCAGAGGCCAUAAGGUUGUGCUGGCUGCUUGUUCCCCCUUUUUGAGAGACCAGUUCCUUCUCAGCCCCUCUUCUAAGCUUCAGGUGUCAAUGCUGCACAGCUCCUCAGUCAUGUGUGAUCUUCUACAGUCCUGCUACACUGGCGUUAUACAGUUCAAACCAGAGGAGAUAGUGAACUACUUGACUGCUGCAAGCUAUCUACAGAUGGAGUAUAUUGUAGAGCGCUGCCGGGACGCGCUAAAACAGUACAUGGAGCUUAAGAACCCUAAUCCACUGAAGAUAACGACAGAGGAGCGAGCGCCUCAGCCUGUGAUUGUGAGUGGCAGCAUUCAUUCCAUGGCGUCAUCCCCAGGCGGACGACCUUCUCCCAUGCGCAGCCCUGAAGUACACUUGGUGGAACAAGACAGCAGUCGGCACAAUGAUGGCAGUCCUUUGGCAGAAAAAACAUGCGUGAAGGAUGAUGCGGCAGACCAGGGACGAGACCCGGUGUUCCAAGUUUACAUCUCAGACGAAGAACACGGCAAGUUCAAGGUGGAGGAGGCGGAAGCUCCCGCCGAUGACGUUAAAAAUGCCCGUUCCCCUGCAACAGAGGGGGCGGUGGGAGGAGAACGCAUUGAAUACGACUUGAAUCCCAUCGUCGAAGGUCCCGGCGCGGACCUUUUCUCAAGGGAAGGACCGCGCGCCUUGAGAAACAGGUUAUCUGAACCCGGCCGAGGCCGAGGGAGAGCGAUAACGAGAGGUUUUAAGAGGAGACGGUGGGUGUCAUCCCAGGAGAAAAAAUCUCCACGAUCGGCCUCGCAGGAUUUGUGGUAUCUCGCAGGGACGGCGGGGAACUCCGGGACGGACGUAACCGAAGGGCUUAAGACGGGAAGUUUUUUUCCGAUCGACCUCCCGAGACUGGAUUUAAGUUUAGACGACUCUCAGCCGGAUAGGUCUUUGCCACUAGCCGGCAAUAGCGCGUCGCAUUUUGCCGUGGACGAGUCGGGCAAUACCGAGGGGAGCUGCGGGUUGAACGCCGGUACGAGCGAGGGAGCGGGAGACGAGUCCGUGGCCGUGGUGGGCUCCACGUCCAGCGUCACCGGACCGGUUAUCUGCGAGCACUGCGGCGUGACGUGCCCCUCUACUCACGCCCUGGCCUUGCACUACUGCUCCGCUCACCAGGUGUACUCUUGCCCCUUCUGCGACAAGCAGUUCCACCACUCGUACAACCUGAAUCGACACAUGGCCUUGCACCGCGGCAACGGAAAACCUCACCAGUGCCCGCUUUGCUCCAAGGGUUUCACGCAGAGGUCCACGCUCAUCGACCACAUGAACCUGCACAGCGGCGAGCGCCCGCACCGCUGCGCAUACUGCCACGCCCGCUUCGCCCACAAGCCCGCUUUACGGCGCCACCUGAAGGAGCAACACGGCAAAACCACAGUGCAGAAUUCCAUCUACGAACAGGAGGAGCAAGAGCGAUCGCUCAGGAGGAUACGAGAAGAAGCGCAGGAAUGUCCGGUGACUGAGCAAACAUGA